UGUGCGCCGACGCAGCUGCGCGAGGUCUCGCCUUCCGCUGCGCCGCGAGCCAGCUCGUGCCGGUCCCGCUCAGCCGCCAGGUUGCAUUGACCAAAGCAAUGGUGAUGGAGAAGCCGAGUCCCCUGCUGGUCGGGCGGGAGUUCGUGCGGCAGUACUACACGCUGCUCAACCAGGCCCCUGACAUGCUGCACAGGUUCUAUGGAAAGAACUCUUCGUACGUCCACGGGGGCCUGGAUGCCAACGGCAAGCCGGCGGACGCCGUCUACGGGCAGAAGGAGAUCCACAGGAAAGUGAUGUCGCAGAACUUCACCAACUGCCACACAAAGAUCCGCCACGUGGAUGCGCAUGCCACCCUCAACGACGGCGUGGUGGUGCAGGUGAUGGGGCUGCUCUCCAACAACAACCAGGCGCUGCGCAGGUUCAUGCAGACCUUCGUCCUCGCCCCGGAGGGCUCUGUCGCAAACAAGUUCUACGUCCACAAUGACAUCUUCAGGUACCAAGACGAGGUGUUCGGCGGUUUUGUCACUGAGCCGCAGGAGGAAUCGGAGGAAGAGGUAGAAGAACCUGAAGACAGACAGCAGACACCUGAAGUAGGACCUGAUGAUUCUGGAACUUUCUAUGAUCAGGCUGUCAGCAAUGAUCUGGAGGAGCAUCUGGAGGAGCCCGUUGCUGAACCCGAGCCUGAUCCGGAGCCAGAAGCAGAGCAGGAAUCUGCGUCUGAAAUCCAGGAGGAGAAGGCAGAGCCAGCCCUGGAAGAGGCGGCCUCUGAGGAUACCCGGAAGAGCCCAUCACCGGCCCCUGUGGACCUGGCCCCGGCCGCCUCUGAGGACCUGCGGACGUUUUCUUGGGCGUCAGUGACCAGUAAGAACCUUCCGCCCAGCGGGGCUGUGCCGGUGACUGGGAUACCGCCCCACGUGGUGAAGGUGCCGGCUGCGCAGCCACGUCCGGAGUCUAAGCCUGAGUCUCAGAUCCCACCGCAGAGGCCUCAGAGAGACCAGCGAGUGCGGGAGCAGCGGAUAAACGUGCCCCCGCAGAGGGGCCCGCGACCCAUGCGUGAAGCUGGCGAGCAAGGGGAUGCCGAGCCACGGAGGGUCGUGCGGCACCCCGACAGUCACCAGCUCUUCAUCGGGAACCUGCCGCACGAGGUGGACAAAUCGGAGCUCAAGGACUUCUUUCAGAGCUACGGCAACGUGGUGGAGCUGCGCAUCAACAGCGGCGGCAAGCUCCCCAACUUCGGCUUCGUGGUGUUCGAUGACUCGGAACCUGUCCAGAAGGUCCUCAGCAACAGGCCCAUCAUGUUCCGCGGGGAGGUGCGCCUGAACGUGGAGGAGAAGAAGACCCGAGCGGCGCGGGAGGGCGACCGGCGCGACAGCCGUCUGCGCGGCCCCGGCGGCCCCCGGGGUGGGCUGGGUGCCGGCCUGCGCGGCGCGGGGGGCCUGGUGCAGAAGCCGGGCUUCGGCGCAGCGCGUGGUCUGGCCCCCCGACCCUGA